AUGGCAUCUGCUUCUCGUGAGCAGAGCCCCUCGACUGCCGCUCCGGAAAAGGCGCAACAGCCUUCGGAGUCCAAAGCUUCCGCGCAGUCGCCUCUCUCCGACAAUGACGGCGGCGAACGCCCCAUGCGACAGCAGCUUAAGGAGACCAACCUUGACGCUGCGGGUCAAAAUUCCGACUCUGCUCAGGCGAACCGAAAGCGAUCCUUCGAUGACACGGAUGGGGCCGACGCACCCCCAAAGAAACGAUCCCGGGAAUGCACCCCCGAGGACAACACUCACGAUUCUUCGGCCGAACAAGGCGCGACACCCACAGGAGUUCGCGCCGCCGAUGACGUUUCCCAUAAUGUGAGUGACUCCGAGGACCCCUCUGAACCCGCCCAUACCCCUGGAACCCCCCAUGGAUCUGGCAGUGCGCCACCCUCCCCCGAGGCGGAGAAUCUCAAUUUCGCGGAGGAUGUCAAGUUCUGCCUGCCCCUGACCAUCAGGAUAAAAAUUAUGCUUGGUGGCCCCAUCCAAAUGAGAACCAUGAGCAUUCCCGUGGAGAUUAAAAGGAAUGCUCGGACUGGCAUGUACCAGUUGUCCACGCCAACGAUUGUACUUGCUAGCCCUGCCGAGACCAACCAACUUCCCCGGGAACCAGAACCCAACCCUCUCACCAAUGAACCAGAACCCCCAAAGCGCAUCCGUUGGACCAGAGAUCUCAAACCGAAACCGGAAAUCCCAGAGGACGAUUCCUCUGAGUAUUCUGAUGGUUCAUACAGUUCAGAUGGCUCCGAGGACUCUCAGGAUCUUGAUUUCCAGGAGGGUCCUGGUUCUCCAAAGGGCUUUGGUUCGCCAAAGGGCUCUGGUUCGCCAAAGGGCCCUGGUUCGCCAAAGGGCUCUGGUUCGCCAAAGAGCCCUAGUUCGCCAAAGAGCCCUGGUUCUCCAAAUGGCCCUGGUUCUCCAAAUGGUCCUGGCUCUCCAGAGCAUCAUGGUUUCCUAGAAACUCCUGAUCUCCCGGAUUAUACAAGUUGCUCGGAUGGCUCUGAAUCCCCCAGUGAUUCAAAUUGUCAUGCACCCACGGUUGAAACCCAUGAUUCUGACCACUCUGCAUCCCCACAGAACCGCGGAAACGAGGACGGAGCUUCCCAAACUCUCAAGAAGAAACGCAGCCGUGAACAACUUGAAGAAGAUGACGAAUCAAAUCAACCACACGCUACAACUGAUUCCGCGCCCAGCUUGACCGAACCCACCUCCUCGGACGAGAAGGAUGCUGCCGAGGGACAACCCGAGAAGAAGAAACCCCGUGACAACUCGGAGGAGCGUAAGACGAAGAUCGAUCAGGCAAGCUUGACAUCAUUUCUCCCAAUCCCCUACCUUUUCAUUUCUAACACUCGCCGUUUGGCAGACCUUCACUGCGAGCGCGUUUGGACAGGCUUCUACAGGCUCGCCCUUUGCGUUGAACGCCUCUAG